AUGAUCAGUUAUCUGGAUAUGAGUCGACUAGCAUACGACAGUUCCAACAGUCUUACGGCCCGUCUCAUCUUCCGAACCAAAUUGUCGUUGGAGGGUUUCGCUUCCCCAGCAGUCACAUUCUCGAUAGCCUCAUUAGCACCAUUGUCAAAAUGUGUACAUCUGCGGCAACUAGAUCUGUCCGCCGAUUCUUACUCGAUAGAAGUUGUUGAUCUUCUGCAUGCCAUCGCUGAACUUGAACACCUGACUUCUCUGAGUCUGCCAAAAGGGUUCCGAAUCUACCGGAACCUUCAUUCAAUCCAGAACUUGAGAUGGCCAAGGAAUUUGACGCGUCUCUAUGCUAGCGACGUGAUGUGUACUCGUUCCGCGGAGUGGGAUCUGCUGAUCGAAAGUUGGCCCCGGACUUUGAGAACUCUGACUUGUCCGGAUUUUCCAGGUUUCUUUGCACCUGAUGUCUUCUUGUAUUGUCGCAAACAAGCUGACUAUGUUCAACGUCUCGAACUGACCCAGUCGAGCGGAGCACCUGGAGGGAACUCUAACUUAUUCGAUAUCCUGCAGGUCUUUCCAGGUCUUCAAGAAUUGAUCGUGCCUAUCGACGUUGCAUGGAACACACUUCGCGAACCUCCAGUACAGACAGAGGAGGUGGCCAUUAGACGUUCUCUCUUGGAGAUACUGAGAAUCAUGCCACGGCCUAGAUGGUAUUCCGACAACCAAGGUGAAUUAAAUGCACCGACGGAUUUUGGGUCCCUCAGCAGGUUGGCCGCGCUGCCUCGACUCCGAAGGCUGGAAAUGCCAAAGUCGUUCACCACUUACGACAGCGAAGGAGACCAGAUAUUGUUUGAGGAGAUCUCCGGCAGAAUCGAGGAUCGCGCGGAUGCAGAUCAGAGGAACUCUUCGGGCAUCUUCCUUGUGGACGAUUCAGAGGUCGCGGAAAAAUGA